AUGGCUAACUGGCCGUACGGCCCUUUUAUAAUAUUAGUAACAAUACAAGUGUUUUAUGUAGACUUAGUGCCAAAAACAACAACAUUUGAUCCGAUAAUAUGUGAAUCAUUGCCUAAAUUUAAUACCGAAAUCCGUCAACAAAUUGCCAACAUUUCCGCGGAUAUCCAGAAAAUCAUCGAUUAUGUGGUCAACGGCCCGGACAGUGGCCUAACCUAUAAGGAAUUAGCAUUAUUUGUCGACCAGUUUGGCUCCCGUUUUACAGGAACUGCUAAUCUUGAAUCGGCUAUUGAUUAUAUGGUUGACCGAUUAAAACGGGAUAAACAUGAUAAAGUUUAUACGGAAAAUGUUACCGUUCCUGUCUGGAUACGUGGCAAGGAAUGGGCACAAAUGGUUAGUCCACGUAACAAACCCUUAAACAUAUUGAGUCUGGGCUAUAGUGUCGGUACCAAUGGAUCAGUACUUACCGGUGAUGUUAUAGUUGUCAAAACAUUUGAUGAACUAAAGAGUCGCUCGGAGGAAGUCCGGGGAAAGUUUGUUGUCUAUAACUAUGAUUUCAAAAGUUAUGGCGAAUCUGUUAAAUACAGGGGACAGGGAGCCAGUCAAGCUGCACAGUACGGUGCUAUCGGUGCACUGAUCCGAUCGGUGACACCGUUUUCAAUUAACUCACCGCACACUGGUAUGCAAUCUUACGCUAAUAAUGUACGGAAAAUACCGGCCGUCAGUAUUACCGUAGAAGAUGCCGAACUAUUUGGUAGACUAGCGGCCAGUGGUAUCAACAUUACAGUCAGUAUAUCAAUGGAGGCCCGCAUGGAUGGUGAGGCCGUAUCGAGGAAUACUGUCAGCGAGAUUACCGGUUCCAGCAAACUGGAUGAGGUAGUACUAGUAUCGGGUCAUCUGGACUCAUGGGACGUAGGACAGGGAGCCAUGGAUGACGGCGGCGGUGCAUUCAUAUCAUGGCGGGCACUGUCGGUCAUCAAAAAACUAGGUUUAAAACCUAAACGUACGGUGCGAUCGGUGUUGUGGACCGGCGAGGAAAUGGGUCUCAUAGGUGCUCAACAAUACGCACAGCAACACAUCAAUGAGUUAAGCAAAAUGAGUAUAGCUAUGGAGUCGGACAUCGGGACGUUUACACCGACGGGUAUAACCUAUUCGGGCCAAAACACGACCGCACAGUGUAUUGUCAAUGAAUUGCUUAAACUAUUGAAACCAAUAAACGCCAGUCAGUUGCGGAUCGGUAGCGAAGGCUCCGAUAUUGACUAUUUGAUGGACAAAGGAGUGCCCGGCAGUAGUCUAGACAACCGUAACGACCGAUACUUUUACUUUCAUCAUUCGGCCGGCGAUACGAUGACCGUCGAGAAUCGUCGCGAUCUGGACUUAUGUACGGCCGUAUGGGCGGCCACUGCCUACGGGUUGGCCGCAAUCGAUGACCAAUUACCCCGAUAACAGUCCCCAAAUAUUAUAGUUAAUAAAUAGUUUUUUAUUAUUAUUUUAUAAACCCGUAUAU